UUUAAAUCAUAUUCAUCCUUUAGAUCUCAGCUGAAGUCUCAAAUCUUUUACGACAACCUUCCCCAACCUCUUUGAGUGUAUCAAGUAUUCACCAUUGCACAUCCACGUUUGCACAAUUACUCGAUUAAUGUGUUUUCUUUACUAGACAGAUAGUUCCACGAGGGGAAAACCUAUAUCUCUUAGUCUCGCCGUAUGCGGGGCGAGUAGCUCCACACUUGGAACGCCGAGUAAAAAACAGGGCUUAUAAUGAAGGAUUGAAGGUUGAACGAACGCCCAGUCGUGCACCGGGCUUUCUGGCGGGGCGUGCGUACUCGCGUCGCGCGUAUAAUACGUCACUUCCGCCCGGAAGACUCUCCUGAAGAACCACUCAGAUUUCUGUCACUUCUCAAGAGCAUCUCCGCCGGGAAGAUGUCCCUGCCGCCCUUCUUCGCCCCGGGCCGCCCAGGCCCGCCGCCUCCGCAGCCGCCGCCUCCCGCUCCUUUCGGCUGUCCGCCACCGCCUCUUCCCUCCCCGGCUUUCCCGCCGCCUCUGCCCCAGCGGCCCGGCCCUUUUCCGGGGGCCUCCGCCCCCUUCCUCCAGCCUCCGCUGGCUCUGCAGCCCCGGGCCCCCGGGGAAGCUUCUGGCGGCGGUGGCGGGGCCUUUUACCAGGUGCCGCCGCCGCCACUGCCUCCGCCGCAGCCCCAGUGCCGGCCCUUCCCGGGGACCGACGCCGGCGAGCGCCCGCGGCCGCCGCCUCCCGGCCCGGGGCCGCCGUGGAGCCCGCGCUGGCCUGAGGCUCCGCCGCCGCCGCCUGACGUGCUCGGGGACGCGGUCCUCCAGCGCCUGCGCGACCGGCAGUGGCUGGAGGCGGUGUUCGGGACCCCGCGACGGGCCUGCCGGGUGCCGCAGCGCACGCACGCCGGGCCCAGCCUAGGCGAAGUGCGCGCGCGGUUGCGCGGGGUUCUGCGCCUGGUGCGGCGGCUGCGCAGCCUGAGCCAGGCCCUGCGCGAGGCCGAGGCUGACGGGGCCGCCUGGGCCCUGCUACAUGCCCAGGUCGCGCCGCUGCGCGCCGAACUGGCCGAGCGGCUGCAGCCGCUGACCCAGGCCGCCUAUGUGGGCGAGGCGCGGCGGAGGCUGGAGAGGGUCCGGCGCCGCCGGCUGAGGCUUCGCGAGAGGGCCCGGGAGCGGGAGGCCGAGCGAGAGGAGGAGGCCGCGCGGGCAGCAGAACGCGAGCAGGAGAUUGACCGCUGGAGGGUCAAGUGUGUGCAGGAGGUGGAGGAGAAGAAGCGGGAGCAGGAACUCAAAGCUGCUGCUGAUGGUGUAUUAUCUGAAGUGAGGAAAAAACAAGCAGACACCAAAAGAAUGGUAGACAUUCUUCGGGCUUUGGAGAAGCUAAGGAAACUGAGGAAAGAGGCUGCAGCAAGGAAAGGGGUCUGUCCUCCAGCCUCCGCAGAUGAGACUUUUGAGCAUCAUCUUCAGCGCCUGAGAAAACUCAUUAAAAAACGUUCUGAACUGUAUGAAGCUGAAGAGAGAGCCCUUAGGGUUAUGUUGGAAGGAGAACAAGAGGAAGAGAGGAAAAGAGAAUUAGAAAAGAAACAGAGAAAAGAAAAAGAGAAAUUUUUGCUUCAGAAACGUGAAAUUGAGUCCAAGUUAUUUGGGGAUCCAGACGAGUUCCCACUUGCUCACCUCUUGCAGCCUUUCCGACAGUAUUACCUCCAAGCCGAGCACUCCCUGCCAGCGCUCAUCCAGAUCAGGCAUGAUUGGGAUCAGUACCUGGUGCCAUCUGAUCAUCCCAAAGGCAACUUCGUUCCCCAAGGAUGGGUGCUUCCCCCGCUCCCCAGCAACGACAUCUGGGCAACUGCUAUUAAGCUCCAUUAGUAAAGAUGCUCCAGGAGUGUGGUCCAGCCAACGUUCUUUCCAGCUCUAAAUAUUAGCGAUGCUGCUAUCUUGUGCUGUACUCUAAACCACAACUUCUAAGCUCCAUGUGGCAUUGCCCUGUCCUGAAGUUAUGCUUUCUUUCUGUGCUCUGUGCUAGCCAGAGGUGCCUCUUGAAUCAGGAGAUUAAUAUAUUUCUUCAGGAAAGGACUUAGGUGAACUGAGGUUAUAACCACAAGAAGUGACCUUGGUUCACCAAAUUUGCCUCUGUUUUAAGGGGCUUGGUCCAGAAUGAUUUGUUAAUUUACUCUAACUUCUUUGUGUGGUGAUGGGUAAGUACACGCAAUUCACUCAGAUACUUAAUACAGAUGUGCACUGAUUUGAUUUAGCAGCCCUUCUAUCAGUAGGGAGUAAGUGAAAUAGUGAAAGCAAGCUGCAUGCAAAACCUCCUUACCAUUCCUACCCAAAGAGCCCUCUAACUUCCAGGAGGAAAGCUCAAAAAUGCUUUAUCUUCAAUUUUGUUAAUCUCAGUUUUGGUGCAGCUUGGAAGGUUGCUAGUUAGGAAGAUGGCAGUGACUGCAGGCUGGGUUCCCAGAACAGAUGGUGGCCUAGUCUUAGUAUUCAUGUGAACUCAGAAAAUCUAAAGAGUACCUGUACCUAAAUUGGAUUGUGUUUUAAUGGACAAAGGCUGUAUUUUCACCAUGUUAGAAGGAUCCUAAUGGAAGCCCCUGUUUUUUAAGUUCCUAGGGAUCUAGUUGUUCAGAAUCCCCAAGGAUGGAAAUUUAUUUCCAUAUGGGAGUGGGACCUUAACAUCACUCAGUCACAUUGUAGGAGCCAGUAUAGCUGUGGAAUUUUCUUAGGAACUCAAGUUUCCAAAAGUAUCCAUGUAAUCAAAGCUGGGAAAGAAGCAAAUAAAAGUAAUAACAUUUAUUUUUUAUAUUCAUUAAUAAAUGCUGUUGUGCUUGGAGAUGAUCAAUCAUAUAACAUGUCAUUUUUUUGUUUUCUGCUUGGUUUGGUUUUUGCCAAUUAUUUUGCUAUUUAUAUUUCUGAAAAAUUAAAUAAAAAUCAUUUUUAUUUUUUAGUUUGAGCCUUUGCCCCCAAUUUGUUGCCUUCCAAAUCCCUUAACACACUUUCACAUUGAAACACAUUUUCGCUCCAAAAUUCAAAUUUAUUUAACAGGCAUUUGCUACAGGAAGGUGAAUCUCAAACACCAAACUUUGUCUGCAAAAUCCAGUUCUGGUAAGCAGGAAAGGAAACAUCAACUUUGGAA